AUGAUGGCGAAUCAAGUGAUUAGGGCUCUGUUCGUAUACAGUUUGGCUUUGUUUUAUGGUUUUAUGGUAUGUUUUUUUCUGUUGGUGAGUGCUAUUAGGAAACUUGAAAUACCGAGAAGAGGAAAGCGACGAGAAAAACGUAAGUAACGAUCGGUAAAUUUGCACCGGUGCAAACUUGGCCUGGUCGAUUCCUUUGUCUGUUGUGCUUUGUAUCUUUAGUUAAUUCGGUCAUCUUUUUGCGUUUAAUGGUGCCCACUACAGCAGGGACUCUUCUUAGCUUUACAUCAAUUAAUGACCCUCAAUGAGAAAGCUGGCAAAAUUGCUUUCCCAUCCAGAGCAUGUACUAUUUUUAAAGCGGCACGUAGAGAAGAAAGCGAACUGUUAGCUAAGCUAAAGCUUAUGCAUGUAAGCUCACUUUGGGCGACUACAAACUGGUUUUCAUAAUGACCGUAAAAACCCAUGUCAUUAUUUUUCUCUGCGAUGGUUAGUUAAUGGUUAUUUUAUAUUUUUAAUACCAUUCUUUGUUUUCGAUUCAUUGACUGCCCAAAGAACUGCUAUGAUAUAUCACAGGAAAAAAUAACGGAUUCCCAUUUUUGGAUACUUUAGGGUAUUUAAAGAAUACCCAUAAAAAUCCCAAAUUUGGCAAAGUGAGACAAGUCCCAACCAGGGAAUUCCCAACCAAGUUCCCUGAUUGGGACUUGUCUCACUCUUCCAAAUUUGGGAUUUUUCUGGGUAUUCUUUAUAUACCCUAAAAUACCCAAAAAUGGGAAUCCGUUAUUUUUUCCUGUGGCAUGAAGGAUGCCAUCUAAAUAAACAAAUCAAACAAGUAAUAACACAAGUGAAAUACUUUUUUACUGUUGGGAGAUGCGUAACCGUGAAGUGUUAUUCCCUGUAUUUGUACAGUGACUUCUACUAUUGCAGGAUAAGGCGCCAGUCAAUUAUAUAUGAAUUAUUUAUUUAUUUAUUUUUUCUUUUUAACCGUAAAUAUUUGAUUUUAUUGCUGUACAUAUAUAUCUUUUUAUUUCAUAGGUUGCCCAAUUAGCUUCAUAGCUAAAGUACCAGACACUUAAAUAGAGUUUAUUCUCAUUAUUUUUAUUAUUAUUAUUAUUAUUAUUAUAUUAUUAUUCAUUAAUGAAAUCUUCAUGGGGGUCAUGUGCUUGACCUGGCUUGACUGUUAAAGAGAUGAUAUUUUCAUUUCUCUACAGCUCCUUUGUGCCUUCUUGACCCUGAGCUUGGUGAACACCAUUUCCUGAGAACAGCAUCAAAUAUCAGGAUCCAUUAUGUUGCUAAAGGAGACACAGGCAAACCACUUAUGCUGUGUAUACAUGGGUUCCCUGAGGUAAUGUACACCCAUUUUUGCUACUGUUUUAUUAUUUUUACUGUCAUUGCAGCAGAUGUGUUUGUAAACCAAACUCAUUAAAAAGUUUAAAUCAUCCUGCCAUCUGGAUCUAGAAGUACAAGGGUUUGUUAUUUGAUCAUUAAAUUUUAUUAAUGAAGUUUACCAUACCCUAAGAGAAGCAAAAAACGCAUUGAGAGGACUCACUCCAAAAUAUCAUAAAUGAAAAAAAAUUAGAAUAGAAAUAGUAAUUAGUCAAAAGCAGCAGCAAAACAAAGAAGAUAUUUAAGGAAUGCUAACAAAUGGAACUUACAUAUUUAGGUAUUUUAAGGUAUCAUCCAGGGUAAAAACCCAUCAUUUUUGGGCAGCACUAAAACACGGAAUCCGGAAUCCGGAAACGGAAACAGAAACGGAAACGGAAUACGGAAUCAAAUAUCAAUGAUAGAAAAUUAAAGAAAUUCAUAUUACACAACUUAGUACAAUCCAUUUGUCUUAGUUUUCUUGGCAGUUCCCUUAAAUAUAUUCUUGUUAUUGCGUCUUGAUAAGGUUUGCCGUAGUGUGGGUUACUGCACUGCAAGGCCGAUGAAAGUAAUUUUACGGGUAAUUAUUAUUUACGAGUUCAUGGGUUGAAUAAUACAGUUAAAUAUUACUUUUGUAGCUAAUUGUCAAGAAUAGUAGUAGUUAGCUUCAGACCACACCACGUGACUGUCCCCAAACUGAAUACUCCACACAUGACCGACCGGUGACGUGACCACAGUUUCGGUGUUUUAGCAAUAAGUUUAACUUUUUGGCCAAGCUGAAUACUGAUGGCAUACUGGUUUACCGGUAAUUGAGUUUAUGUGGACGUCCGUAUUUUUGUUGAAGAGGCUUAUUAAACAUGGCGCAUUAUUUUGAUGUAAUCGGUUGUGGAAGCAAGCAAAUGCAUGCACAAUUCUCUCUUCUCUUUGGACUCCACAAUAACAUGGUUAUCUUGAGUAAAAUGUCUUGAUAAAUAAAACUGAACACUGUUGAAGACAACCCAGAAAAGACACUAAGAAAAACUUGACAGCGACGACUUUCAGUUAUAUAAACGACGCCUCUGACUAUUCAAACGAAGUCUGUCUCCAUAUAACUUACCUUUUUCUUAGGGCACUAGUUUUUGUCAGUAAUGUUUUUCUCCUCGCUUUGCUGUCCCAUGAGAAUUUGCAUUCAUUGCCGAUAGUGGUAUCAAGCGUCUUUUCACUGGAAUCGACUCCUCUAGUGAUACAGCAGGUCUCAGCUAAUUUAUUCAUUUGUGUCUUUUUUUUUGUCUGUUUAUUAAUUUUAUUGUCAUUAUAUUUUUUUUUCAAAUCGGUCGCUUGGAACCUUCUCUCACAGAUUUCGUAUUCUGUUUCCGUUUCCAUGAGUCCGUUUCCGUUUCCAGAUUUGCCGUCAUUUUUCGAAAUUUUCAAUUUUUAGAUGAUUAAGUAGAGCUCAUCAAGAGCUUUCUUUUAAAAAAAAUUCCAGAAAAAAAUGUUUUUUCUGUGCAGACUUAUGGAGCGCAAAAGUUUUUUCUAUGCUAAUUAUUUUAAUUGAUCGUUGACAAGUCCUGUCAUAGCUAAUCAUGCAAUUUGACAGAAAUCGUGGUCUACAAGUAUAGUGCUCACAGUCUUUCCCUGGAUUUUGGAAGUGAAUGCCUCCAAAGAAGGAAAAAGAGCUUGUCCAUUUUCGUCCUUGACUACAAGACGAAAGAAGACGACAAAAUCGUUUUGCAAAGUGUGGGUUUCGAAAUUAGCAGAGAGUGACUGCUACUAGGGCUCCUACUACAAUCAAGAAAAAUGGCUAAAAGAUGACAAAGCUUCUGAAAAACCCAUUGAAACUACCGCGAAAUCGAGAUUCACGAGUUUCUUAGCAAGCGGAGCGAGCUUUUUAGGUUGCGAAGCGGCCAAGCAAGCGACAAAUUCGCGACCGGUCCCGCGCCAUAUAAAUAUCGGACGAAGGACUUUUUUGAAAGUCUAUUGUAGCGGGAGAGCAGCUUCAAGAAAAACUCCAGGAAGCGGUUUGUUGUCGAUUUUUCCAGGGAAGUGUCGAACUUUUAGAAAAUGUAUCGAGUAAAAGUUGGCUUGGCUCAAAAUGAAAACUGCUCGUCGCAAAUAACUAAAGAUGCUUUCUUGACAACAGAAGGAUCGAAGAGAGCAGAGCACUCGAAAUAAAUUGUUCAUCCGUUGUUGGGUUUCGUUUGUAACCUUUUCCUGCUGUGUCACUAUUGUUGUCCCUUUUCUGGUAUGCAUCGACAUUGACAGCUUUGGUGUUAUAAUCUGUUAUAAUCUCGUCACGGGCAAUACGCCGCCAAAAAUCUUUUUCCCCUGUCUUGAAAUGAAAAUCAGAGCAAGUUGAGGGUACGUUUUAAACUCCAAGUCGGCAACCCGUGAACCAAUUUGGCUGAAAUUUGGCCAACUUACUGUCAGAUAGUUUUUCUAAAAAACUGUGUCUGCGAAUUUUGAUUUCUUUUUUCGUUUUCAAGUAAGAGUAUUUUUUUCACAGGUAGUGCUAAUGAUUUGCUAUCCCUAAGUUCAACUGCUUAUAACAAAAGAACAAAACCACUUGACAAAAAUCUGAGACACGGUUUUUUAGUCAAACGUGUUAAGAAGCGAAUGCGAUCUUAAUUGGCUUCUUCCGUUUAUUUUUGGCUGGCCUGGACUUAAAUUUACAGCGACACCCACUUUCACGAAAAGCUUCUCAUUUCUGAAUCGCGUUAAUAUUUUGAUUUUUUAAAAGGAAUAAGCCGCAAUAAUCUGGAACUAUUAAGCUUUCAGAAAAUGUACGGUUUAUGGGGGUAUUUAUUAAAAGCAAAAGCGCUAGCGCCGAUCAACGCGGGGAGGGUGCUUAAGGGUGGAUGAUACCUUAAAAUAUCUUCAAUUCAGAUAUAAAAGACUGGACAUGACAAAAUAAAUCAUUAUUUUGCUCCGGAGACAGUAAUUAUAAUUUGUGCUUUAGACACAGAAGACCACCUGUUAGUAAGGGCUAACAAGGGUAAACAUGCAAAUAAAAGUUGCCUGAUGAUUGCUUCACAAGAGGCAUGAAACUUUGAGUAGCAAUAAAUGUUCAAAAUUUAAUCCAGUUCCAUCAGUCUAGUUGCAAGUAUAUUUUGUAAUUUAUCAGCAGAUGUAGUGCCAUUUUUCAUGGACAUACUGUUAAUAAACCAUUAUUAUUAUUAUUGUUAUUAUUAUUAUUAUUAUUAUUAUUAUUAUUAUUAUUAUUAUUAUUAUUAUUAUCCCUACACGUAAGAAUAUGGCAAGAUGGGGAUUAUCACAAAGUCCUGAUUGCUCCUUUUGCCUUAAUCCCGAAUCACUCCCUCAUGUUGUCGCUGGUUGUCAACAGUACCUUGAUCGCUUUACCUGGAGACACGACUCAAUCCUUAACUUCUUUGCCAAGUCACUUCAACCUGUAAUUAAUGUUCACUCUUCACUCUAUGCAGAUGUUAAUGGUUUUCUGAAUCCCUCAAUAUUAACUGGUGAAAAUUAUCGUCCAGAUCUUCUUUUCCUAAUCCAGUCUAGAUGCCUAUAUGUUCUAGGAUUAACAGUUGGUUUCGAGUCUAACCAUAACAACAAUGCAGUGCGUAAGAAAGAAAAAUAUCUGAACUUGAUCAACGAAAUGAGUAGAAAGUACAGAUGUGUGAGAUUUGUAAAUCUCUCCAUGAGUUCCCUUGGUGUUUUCUCCGAUGAAUGCUCCACGUUCUUAGACAUGAUGAAUGACAUUUGCAUUGACAAAAAGCAGCAACGUUAUAUAAUCAAGAAAAUGAUAAAUAUAGCGAUUAGAGCAACAUAUUACAUCUUUUGUUGUAGAAAUAGGAACUGGGAUAGCCCAGACGUAAUGCAAUUUUGAUUUUGUUUUUGGCUUUUGUUUUGUUUUGUUUAAUUGUUUUUGUUUUUGUUUGUUUGCUGUUUUCUUUUUAAUAAUCCAAUCUCAAGCAGUAUUUCUAAAUUGCCUAUACGUAGCGAGAUUUACAAUUGUACAUUCAAAAAUACAAAUACAGUUUCCAUUAUUAUUAAUACAAAGAAGUUAAAUAUAUAAUAAUGAGUAACUUAGAAAAUAAUUAUUAUGCAUUGAAAACCACUGACGCUGUUUUAAAAUCACUUUGCAGUUUUGGUAUUCCUGGCGAUAUCAGCUGAAAGCUUUUAGUGAUAAUUUCAGGAUGGUUGCUGUAGAUUUGAGGUACUGUAAAAAGUAUAUAAUGAUUUGUAAAAUACAAAUUGCAAGUAGCCAAACUGUAUUAUGCACAGCUGCUACAACUGUAAAACAUAUCUGAGUAAUUAAGUUACACAACAAAAUGUGGCAUUUUUGUCCAGUUGGCUAACUUAUUUUUGGCAUCCUUGAGACUGACUGAAAUUAUAGCUCAGUCACAUGGUAAUUUAAUUCAAAACUGUUGAAUAUGCCCAUCCCCUAUCCCAUUCUCAGCAGUUUUUUUUGAUUUCAUGAAAAACAAAAUUAAAGCAUUUUUAAAAAGCUCAAUCUUACAGCAGUAUUUUGUAUUUAAGGGGCUAUGGUGAAAGUGACAGUCCUAAAGGGCGAGAACACUACAAGACGUCAUUAUUGGUUAACGACAUUAAAGAAAUUGUAAGUGUACUUACAUGUAUUGCUGAAACAGCAGAUUGAGUGAAGAAAAUAUAAAAAUGUUUAAUCCUCUUUAUUAUAUAGGCACGAAUGUUUUACUGGAAAAUAAUUAUACCACUCGUAAAAUUCAUAAAAACUACAUCCGGUACCCGAGUGGUGUAUUUUCCAUAAUCUCACACGUGAGUGUAUCGCUAACGUAAUUUCGGUUAUUUUCCUUCAAAAUUUGUAGGCGUCUUGCGUCUUUUGAAUUUUACUCACACAUUUUUCAAAGUUUUGCUUAUAUUUUGUCAUUGUAGAGCCCUAUUCAGCUCAGUGUUAUUUCUCAAGAUUAUUGUAACCAAUGUCUUAUAUUGCUGUACUGUAAAUGUGAGCCGUCACAAUUACUUUGUGGUGAAUAAAAAUCUAUUAUUUUAUCGAUGUCUUUUUGUCUAUAUAAUAAAAAGAACAUUACACGGGGGCUUGAAGAUAUGAAUUUUAUUUUCUCGUUGCAAAAACAAUAUUUUACUCACUCUGUGACUCUGCUCGUUUGUAAAAUAUAUUGUUUUGCCACUCGAAAAUAAAAUUCAUAUCUUCGCACCACCGUGUAAUAUCCUCUAUGAAUGCACCUCGUAAACUUUGUUAUAAAAUAUUUUGUAGAUUCAAAGGACACUUUUAAAUUAAACAUCAUAGUCUAGAGGAUUUUGUAAAAAGAUCACAAAUGCAAAAAAAAACAAAACAAAACAAAACAAAACAAAAAUUAAAUAAAUAAGAAUAAUAAAAUUUUUUCUUCAAUGUCUGUACAGCUUUGAGUACAUGUUGUCCAAUCCAGAAAUAGGGGCUAUAGUAUUUUAUAUUAUAUUGUGUUGCAAAGGAGGUCAUCAGAGUUUUCUUGCAGCUGGUAAAACAAAAUUUUUAUUUUUUUUUAUAUCAAUACCUGUAAUGUAUCUAGGAUUGAUAAUGUGAGCUCAGAAAAGAUAUUAAUACAAUUUAUUAAUUUAUUUACAGAUUGAGGCACUUGAUUACAAAUCUUGCACUUUGCUGAGUCAUGACUGGGGUGGAGCUUUGGCAUGGUAAGGUGGCCACUGCACCAUUAUAAACUCACAGACACUUGUCCAUUAGACAGAAGUUAUCAAGCCAAUUCCUCUAACUCAUGCUUGUGGAUGCCAUCUUUCUCAGUGACAGUAAUGACCCUUCUUGAGAAGUGUUGAUAUAACCUGUCAAUUCUGAGCAAACAGAAGGUAUACCAGGAGCUGGUAUACCAGAACAAGUCUUGUAAACAAAUGAUUACAGGCUCUGCCGCCCUUCCCCACCCCAGUUUCCUUCUGUUUUAUUUUCGCGUUCGUGUGCAUUUUGUGAUUUCCAGACCAAGCAGCUGUGAAGGAGACUAACAUAGCCAUGUGAAAGAUGCUUUUUCCUCUGUUGAGAACAUGUGUCAUUUUAAAGAAGAAACCCUCGUAACCCAGAUUGUUGGGGUCAGGGUUGUUGAGUCAGUCCCCUCUUCUCUUGUGCUGACCAAUUCAACUGACUAAAACCAAAGGAGUGUCUUAUUAAUUUGAUAAAUCUGUCUGUGUGUGUUUUAACCUCAGGUCUUUUGCACACAUGUAUCCAGAGUUUGUAGACAAAUUGAUAUUUUGCAACAUCCCACACCCAAGGUUAGUUCUAGCACCCACCACCUCCCUUAUUUGUUAUAUACAGUCAUUUUUACAGUCACCCACCUAAUUUGGACACCUCAGCAUUACAGACAGUUUGCUUUGUCCCUGGGGAAAGAAAGUCCUAACAUUUCCUUCAAAUUCACCCCCAUAAAAUGGACACCCUGUUAUUAAAUAUGAACACUUUCUGUGACCCUUCAGUCUCCUGGAUAUUAUCGGGAUUUGAUUGUGUAGACAGCAUGAACUAUACUGCUAUAUACUGGGUUUCCUGUUUCACUAAUUCUCAGAAAGUAAAAAAAUUAUGAACUUAGUUUCCACCAAGUAAAACUCUACAACUGUACGUAACUCCAUAAACACUGCUUCCGUCACGCAUGACUACACACGCCAAACGUUUAACUUUCUUCUUUGGUAAAAAAUAGUUAAAACCUCGUCUGGACUCGUCUACUUAUAAACUUUCACAAUAAAAUUCUAGAACUUUUUCAAAUACUCUAAUUAUAGAAAGAUUACAAAAAUAUAUGCUUUAGAAAGGCUUAAAGGCUUAAAGGUCCUCGUCUCAGAACCUAAAGGUCUCUAUUAUGGAAAAACGUUGGCCUGGCGAGGAGGGUGAGCCUACCAUCACAAAAGGAUUGUUGGCCCGGCUAGGUGGGUCCCCCUUCUAACCGGGCGAAUCUUUUUGUUUCGGCUCGCCACGUUGUGUAAGGAAAUCAGUGGCUCGCUGAGGGUAGCUUGUGUAGGCGGUGAUCCUUCAACCCGGGUAAACUUUUCUUCAUAUAGAGUAAACAGGGCCUAAUGAGUGUGUUAACAGGUUUCUCUGUUUCUCUCCAUCAGAUGCUUUCAGAAGUACUUCCAAUCCUCCAGAAAACAGUUCCUUGCCUCUUGGGUAAGAGAAACGUUGCUGAUGGGUACUACAUGUAUGAUAUUACGCACAGAGUAAUUUUUAGGAGUCCCUCAUCCCUAAUCACUUAUUAAAAGUCCUGUCAGUGGAAAAUUAGCCCUCUGGCGCCCCUCAUUCCCCCUUCCCCUUUUCAUCUUUAAAAGCCUGCCGCUGAGUCUUCACUGUAACUGCAAGGAUCCUCCCUACAGCUAUUUCUUCAUUCCGCGGUUUAGUUAGAUGAAAUUCUUAUACACAGUGAUUUUGUUACAAAUAGUUAGGGUGAGUCCUGAGACUCAUCUUGUGAAACAUCAUGAGUCCCAGUCUAGAACCAGUGAGUUCCAAAAAAGGAAAUCUGAAAUUGAAAAUGCUUGGGCCUAUAUUUGACCAGACAGAUAAAAGACAUUCUUUUGUAACGGACAACAAGUCGAAGACUAAAAGAAAUGUGCGUUGUUAAACAACAGCCGCAGAAAUCUCACGAACAGGAUAUUCUACAAAACAUCUUCGGAUCCAGGGGGUUCAUUAAGGUUUUGAACAGGAAGGCAAUUGAGUUUGACACCCGGGCAAAGAAUUGGCAAGGCCCGGAGGGCCUUGCUCCCAGGGGGGGUCUGGGGGCAUAUUCCCCCGGAAAAUUUUGAAAUUCUAUAGUCGCAGGGAUGUGUUUUCCUGCAUUUUGAAGCUGCAGACAAUGACUUUCAACAACCAAAAAAAGAUAACUUUUCUAGACAAUUUAAUCAUGAUUUGAAUCACAAAAGUAUUAGUUUAACAACUUAUCUUUAAAAUUUCAAUGACUAGACGGGAGGAGCACUGUUUUAACGUGAACGCACCGAAAAUUAAUUCAUUGGCGUAAACCAUAAAACGAAAACAAAUGACGCUUCGCUUCGUUGAACAUGAUAAUUGGGCCAUUCAAUAUAUACAGGCAAGUAAAAGGUUAAAUCACAAAGAAGUCUACUCACCUCUUGGCCUUUUCUCUACUGGAGGCCCUUUAGUUGAAGCCCAAAAAUAAUCUGCUAUCGAACGCGUUCUUUUCUGGGCCGCCAUGCUCACGUGCUCGCAACACUGAUACAUUUCAGGUGGUCGUUUAUGAAGGACAGUUCUUUUCAUUAUGUGUUAUCGGGCGAUUCUUCUUUUUAACACAUAACGAACGAGGGGAUUUCAUGCCGCGUGUAAUAAAGUGGAAAUUGCACGGCAAAGUAUGUUUUACACUCGAUUAGACUCAUCAAGAAAAGGGCACCAUUGUAACUUAAAACUGUUUUUGAUCGUUCCUUGUAUUAAAAAGAAGUUCUUUGAGAUGUAAAGCAGCCGGGCAAAGUCGUGUUCACAGCCGGUCAAUUUGCCCAGUGCCCGGCCCUUAAUGAACCCCCUGCAGAUCGAUCGAUCUUUGCUUCCUACGGGACACAUUCCAUGAACUUUUGUGCGUCUUUGGCGAUUUCUAUGCGUUGGGGACGCUGGAAUCAGAGGUAACAAAAUCACUGGUAUUAUACAUAUAAUUAUUAUUUCAUUCGUGUUUGUAUUAACUCUCUAAGCCUCCUAAAUUAAAAUACAUAUAAGUUCUCCACACUGGCAUCCACAAAUUGCCUUAAAAAAUUAGUUGAAAGAAUUGGUAAGAAGAUCAAAGCUAUUUUUCCUUUAGUGAUUAUCUAUUAAUUCUCUUAACCUUUCUACUUGAUUAUGUAUUGACGUGGUGAGGAGAAAAUAAUUGUUGGUCGCUCUUGGAACAUAAAUGGUUGAGACGAGUUGUUUUUUGUUUUUCAGUACUUCUUUUACUUUCAAUUGCCAUACCUUCCUGAGUUUACGAUUGAGAUGAAUGACUUCAAGAUGUUAAGCAGGGCUUUUAAGGUGAUUCCUUAGUAAAAAAACCUAACAUAGAUUGUAGAAGAAACUUGGUACACUGAUGUAACAAGUCAAGAAGAUGACAAAAAAAGUAAUAAAAAGUGGUGGUCACCCGUCACCUUGCUCGUUUUGACGUCACAUUGCUGACAAAUACCGCUAUUUAGAACCCUUUGGCAAAACCGCGCGUAGCCCAAAAAAAACUAGACAAAAAUUAAGGAGAGAGUUUUCGAUGAUGCAUGUGGUAUCGCACAGAAUUUGAUUUAAAUGUAUUAUUUAUCCACUUACGUACCAGAAAUUAAAAUGCCUUUUUAUGCUACUGUUUUUACUUUACGCUCCAAAGUAGACUUAAUUUGGACACGCUGUAUUCGACCUGUAAAAGCUCAAUCCGUACAAUUUAGUAAAAUUGCGAAAAAACUGAACAUAGAUUUAUGCCAAUUUUUUUAUCUUUGAAAGGAAGCACUGUUCUUAUUAAAAUCGUGAAAUAAAAAAAUGGGGGUCACCGUACUCGUUUUUGCGGUAGAGCAGCAUGCGCAGAAAGUGCGCGCCACAUGCGUUUCCUCCGAUUUUUGAGAGAGGACUGGGGCGAAUUUCAAAGUGGCAUGUAUGUGAAAGGGGGAAGAAAGCAUUAAAAAAUCCGUUUUUCCAGAAUUUACAUCGAGAUAUCACAGUUAGGACGCUAUGAAAGUCAAAGUGAGAUAGCACAAGUUUAACGUCCACUAUCGGGGUUCUCCCUAAGAAAGUCGAACUCAGCAACAUGCGUACUGCUUACGUUAUGCACAUUCCCAACACAUCGAGUCUCCUCUCGGCAAGAAACAACUGCAACCGAAAAUUCUAAAAGCGUUUCUUUUUAGCCAACUUCAUUUUAAUAAUGUUACUUUGGAUGCUCUUGUUAUGCGCAGUUAGAGAUACGCAGUGCAAAACCAGCGAAUCACCUUAAGGUGCUAUACUGUGCAAAAUUGGGGACCUUGGACACCAUAAGGGAAACGGAUCUUUAUGAAGUACAGCCUCGUUCUUUUGAGCCUCGUCGCGAUUACUCUAGGUUGAGUUUCCGUGGAUUCGAAUUCUUAGGCCCGCACAUAAACGUUAGCCUGCGUGAGCAUCCGGUUUUUUCGGCCCUAGUUUUGAAACUAGAAACUAGAGCCGAAAAAACCGGAUGCUCUCGCAGGCUAAUAGACGUCGGUGUCGUAUUUUUCACCCUUUUUCUAACAGCACGAAAUGUAUUUAAAAGUGUGUUGCAUGUCCAAAGUUACUUAUAAAAUAACAAUUAAUACGGGCAACAUUUUCGUUCAACUUGUUGUGCAGCAUUGUUGUUUGUCAGAUUAAAAAUCGUCAUUGCCUGUUGAUAUCGCCUCUUGCUUGCUCAGCUUGUUACCGAACUGAUAUUAGUGUUGCAAGUUGCGGUUACAUGUUGCAGAACACUGAGGUUAGACCCGAAUUAGUUCUACUUUUUCGGCGCGCAUCACUGCGCCUUUGUUUUUUUGAUGUACUUGUUUUCGCCGUCGUGGUGAUUUCCUUAAGCUGUUAUCAUAGAUUUCCUAGUUACCUUGGUUGAACUGAGAGCUAGAAACUAUCACAUUUGUUCUUUUGUUUUCACAAGGACGUGGGUUUCACAGAUGAAGAUGUGGAAGCUUACAAGUACGCUUUGAGUCAGAAUGGUCUUAGUGGUCCUUUGAACUAUUACAGGAAUGCACUGUUAUCUUCUGAUCGACCUCGGGGACUGUUUAACACCAAGAUAAAGGCCCCAACUCUUGUUUUGUGGGUAAGCAUAUAACGUCAAACCCAAAGCCCCAGGAACUUCGUUGCUGCCAUUGCCUUAAGGUUGGUACACACUAGGUGACAAGUUGCAGCAACAUGUUGCGACGACACGUCGCAGCGACAAAUCGCUUCGUGUGUACUGGAGAAUUUUUGUGAAAAUCUUUGUCUCUGCAACAGAAUUUUGUCGCAGCAACAUGUUGCAAAAACUCAAAUCAGACAGAAUUUGUGCGGCUUGUUGCGGCGACAAAAUUCUGUUGCAGAGACGAAGAUUUUUACAAAAUUUCUCCAGUACACACGAAGCGAUUUGACGGUGCGUUGUGUCGCCGCAACAUGUUGCUGCAACUAGUCGCCGGAUCUGUACACAUUGAGUGAUCUGUAGCCGCGACUUGUUGCCGCGACUUGUUGCCGCAACUUGUCGCCUAGUGUUAAACGACACGUCGCUGCAACACUUCGCGGCAACAAAUCACUCCGUGUGUACAGGUCGGGCGAUAACUUGCUGCAACAAGUUGAGUGACUCGUCGCGGCGACAAAUCGCUUCGUGUGUACUGGUGAAUUCAUGUGCAAAUCUUUGUCUUAGCAGGCAACAAGUCGCACAAAUUCAGUCUGAUUUGCUUUCGUGAAACUUUUUUCGGCGACAAAAUUCUCCAGUACACACGGAGCGAUUUGUCGUCGCCGCAACGUGUUGCUGCAACUUGUCACCUAGUGUGUUCCGACCUUAAGGAUGCUGGGAAGCAAUCUCGUUCCCAGGGAGUCUCUUCUUUCCGGGAACAAGGCUGGCUAAGAAGAGGCGAGAAAAGAAAGCACGCGGGGGACGAUGGGAAGGGGAGAUAAAAAAUAGACACGUUUCUCGUUUUGUCAUCCAGAGGCAGGAGCUGGAGAUUUAAAGAUUAUUUUGUUUUAUCCUUCUUGAAUUACAUGUAUUAACGAGUUUUUUGAAAAAUCAUUUUUAGGGCACGGCAGAUAAGGCACUCACUGUUGAUACCUUGGAAGGAACAGAGGAAUAUGUUGAAGAUCUGACAAUCAAGUAAAGAAAUCAUUUUGUAAUCUCUGUGAGAAAUGUUUUAUUAAAGGGGCUGUGUCACGGCAGUCCACUUCAUUUUGUUUAAUUUUGCCAAUUACUCGCCCUCAAUCGCUAAGGAACUUAAAGUAAGUAAAGAAAUUUCAUGUAAAUGACAAAAUCAGAAAUGCGAGACAAACAAAUAUGUCUCCUGAGCAUUAUUUUUGAAGUUGCAAACAGCAGAGAUCAGCUUUAAAAACUGUUAGGCUGAGCAGUUUUCGAAAACCCUAAUUUCAAUCCGUUUCAAUCUUCUUCAGUUUUGCCCAUCCGUGGCAUCUUUUGUGUUAUUUUAACCUUCCUUUAAUGUUUUAAGCGGUUGUUUUUACGUUUCUCUAAUUUAACUGGCAUCUUGUAAUUACCUAAUUUGGCUGAAUUUCGUGACACAGCUCCUUUAAGUAUGCAAUAUUGAUCAAACAUGAGCUAAGGAUGGCUUAUUAUUAUGCAUUAAAAAUAUUUCUCCGUUUCUGAUUGGCGGAAAUCACACGUAUAAUUUAUCAUUACCAGCUACUGUUGACUGAAUUUGAAAGAAAUUGCCAAAUUGAACCGACGAUGUCAAAAAGUGCAGCGAAGUUCCAGAUUAUUGUUCCGUUUACCGAGAAGACCUGGGGAGGAUUUUGAGUUGUCUCGAAGUGAGUAAUGGCGAAGUGAGAAAUGGCGGAACAUUUUACUCGUUUCACGGCGAACGGUUGUCUAAAAACAUAGCAAGAACAGCAAGAAGACAACUCGACGGACGACAUCUUCUAUUUGGAAUAUAUUUGCAGACCUUAACAGCCCUUUAUCUCACAAACUUCCCGAUAAAGAUGCACUAUCGAUAUGAACUUAACGUCGACGGAGGUGAGCAUGUUUUAGCUUUUUUUUAAACUUGGAAUUAUUUUGAAUGAAUAACAAAGCAAUUAUUGAUUUGGCUUUCGUAGGAUAUGAAGAAUUGGGCAGUGAUUUAUCUGGCGGAUAACGCUAUCAAACUUUUGAACAACUGGGGCGAGCAAUCUUUAUCCAGUGGAUAGCGCAACGGUUUCCCUUACACUUAUGCAUUUAAUAGUGAUUUAUCCAGUGAAUGGCUAUAUCCAACUUUUGAAAACGGGGGCCUUACCUGCAACUAGUGGAACUACCUGAUAGUCUUCCCAACUUACUUACCGACCAACCAAGCCAAAGGAUGAACUGCUGACCGACUAAAAGCUCAAUCAACCUGCAGACGACUCCAAUAAACAGACGUACUCGGAUUGACGACCAACUUACUGACUGAAGUUUAAUCGAGCUUUUUUGAGAAAUUUUCUUCCAACGAGACUUGAGGCAGUGAAAUUUUGAGCCAUUGAACUUUUGGUAUUAAAAAAAUGGUUGACUAAUUGAUUGAUUUGUUAUAUUAAUCUUGCAUAAUAUUUCAACAGGUAUGUCGAUGGAGCAAGUCACUGGGUUCAGAUGCAUGAACCGGAAGUCGUGAAUCAGCACAUCCGGGACUUUUUAGCUGCUCACCCAAACUAA